AUGGGCAAUACGACUGUGCUCAUUCUCAAGACUUGUACUCAGGAAAUGGAAGGACACCCGAGCUUCGGCGCCGCUUCUCCGCGCGCCUCGUGGCGCAGGCGCCAGGAAUUCGGGCUGACUGCAAGGGGCCGGACCAUGCAGCCGAAUGCCGGAUCGACGCAGAAAAAGGUGUUAUGCAGUCCAGAUUUCGCACCGGUGCUGCUAGUUGCUACGAGAUGGUUGAAGCACAACACCAUUCAAUGCAGCCUGCAUAUCUGCCAGGAGCGCAGCGGCCCAUCCUCGAUUCAGACAGGACACCAGAACCCGACCGGCUCUAAUGCAGGCGUGGGCCUCGAGCAUGCGGGGACAGAAGCAGGCAGGGCCAAUCUUUCAGUGACUGGACCCGUCCUUUCACCCCUGGCAACUGGUCAAAAGGAGACCGUGUAG